AAGGUUAAAACACAAACACUAAUCAAUCCCCAGCCCCUCCUCUUCUCUUUGAUCAAUCACCAAAACAAAUACUAGAGAGAGAAAGUUGAAGAAUUGUAAGCUUUUUUAGUAGCCCAUCAUAUAACAUAAAAAUACAAGUAAAGUAUUUAUGAAAUAACUGGGUUUAAGAAGAAGAAGCGGUGACAGUGAUAAUAAUAUUUGGUGUAAUUUAUAGAUAAAAAGACAGUACAAAAAUGGUGGGCUCGGGAGGAGCAGACAGGAGCAAAGAAGCAGUGGGGAUGAUGGCCCUUCAUGAGGCCCUUCGAACUGUCUGUCUCAGCUCGGACUGGACUUACUCUGUCUUCUGGACUAUUCGUCCUCGACCACGAGUUAGGGGCGGUAAUGGCUGCAAGGUUGGUGAUGAUAAUGGAAGCUUGAUGUUGAUGUGGGAAGAUGGGUUUUGCCGGGGAAGAAUCGGGGAUUGUCUGGAAGAGAUUGACGGAGAAGAUCCUGUCAGAAAAUCAUUCAGCAAAAUGUCUAUCCAGUUAUAUAAUUAUGGAGAAGGGUUAAUGGGAAAAGUUGCUUCAGAUAAGUGUCAUAAAUGGGUUUUCAAAGAACCUUCUGAAUGUGAACCAAAUAUCUCUAAUUACUGGCAGAGUUCAUUUGAUGCUCUUCCAUCAGAGUGGACUGAUCAAUUUGAGUCUGGUAUUCAGACCAUUGCUGUCAUUCAAGCUGGCCAUGGACUUCUACAAUUGGGUUCUUGCAAGAUUAUACCUGAAGACCUUCAUUUUGUGCUAAGAAUGAGGCAUACCUUUGAGUCACUUGGCUACCAAUCUGGUUUUUACCUGUCCCAGCUUUUUUCCUCAACAAGAAACAAUUCAUCUUCCUCUUCAAUUCCAUCUAAGCAGUCUGCGAUUCCGAGUCGCCCGCCGCCUCCUCUCUUCAACUGGAAUCAAAGGCCACUCCCAUCUCCAUCUUCCAUGCUUUCUUCACCGAGUUUCCCAACAUCAGCUCGCCUCGGAUAUCCCCAGGCAAAAGAUGAACCGCAUAUGUUCAUCCUACCUCACGCAGCCGAGACCCGAAUGGAAGAAAUGAUUGGAGAGCACGAGAACGACAUAAAAUGGCCCAACGGACUGUCUUUCUUCAAUGCUUUAACCGGAAGAAGCGAUGAGGCUAAGCUUUUGUUUCACCCUGAAAACAUAGGGAACAAAAAUGAUCAAAAUGACCAGAAUCCUAUUCCUAACGAGUUCUUGAGCUUGGACAGCGCGAGGAAAAUGGAAAAUAAGUUCAAAAGAAGCUUUACUUUGCCUGCAAGAAUGACAACUUCGUCGUCUUCGACCUCUGUCGAUCAUCAUCAGCAACAAUCUGUGGAGUACAGAAAUUCCGAAGGAGGUAUGUAUUCGGAUGUCAUGGAGACGUUCUUAGAAUAAAAAUAUGUAUGUAGGAUCAAGCUUUUGUGGAGUAGUUUUUGCUACUGAUUCUCUAGACCUUGUUUUUCUAUUAUGUGUUCUUUUUUUAAUCAGUGUACUGAACUUUCUGAUCGUUAAUUUGUUGUAGUAGAUUCUAACAUAAGUUUCCACUAAAAGUUCUCUUUAUAAUAGAGGAAUUUCCCAA